AUUGCAGAAUGGCUUUCAGAUGGUGAGAGACCUGCUGUCUGUCUAAAACUGGAUGAGAGCCACAGACCAGUGAAACUUCAGAAAGUGGUCCUUGGAUUUCCCUGCAAUAGUAACCAAACUGAAUUUAAGUUUGACUUAACCCUCAAUUACAAAAUUGCUAGUGUUAUACAAACAUACUCUGAUCAGAAACCUACACUAGUGUUUUGUGCAACAAGGAAAGGUGUACAACAGGCCGCUUCUGUUCUUGUGAAAGAUGCUAAAUUUACUAUGACUGUGGAACAGAAACAGAGGCUACAGAAGUAUGCAGCUUCCCUAAGAGAUUCAAAACUUAGAGAUAUCUUAAUAGAUGGUGUUGCUUAUCAUCAUGCUGGUAUGGAGCUGUCAGAUAGAAAAGUAGUUGAAAGAGCUUUUACUGUUGGAGAUCUACCAGUUCUUUUUACUACCAGUACUUUAUCUAUGGGAGUAAAUCUUCCUGCUCAUCUAGUAGUUAUAAAAUCUACAAUGCAUUAUGCUGGAGGAAUGUUUGAAGAAUACAGUGAAACAGAUAUUCUACAGAUGAUUGGUAGAGCUGGUCGACCACAAUUUGAUAGUACAGCUACUGCAGUUAUUAUGACUCGGUUAAGUACAAGAGAGAAAUACAUUCAGAUAUUAGCUUGUACUGACACUGUAGAAAGCAGUUUGCAUAGACAUCUUAUUGAACAUUUAAAUGCAGAGAUAGUACUGCAUACCAUCACAGAUGUGAACAUUGCUUUGGAGUGGAUACGAUCAACCUUGCUUUAUAUCAGAGCCUUGAAAAAUCCAUCUCAUUAUG